UUUACGAACACACAAGAAAGCACGGCCAAUUACCUGAGCUGAUUGGAUGAGGCCUUCAGCUUGCAAGCGAAUGCCUGAUUGGUCGCUCAGUACUUGUUUAUUGUCGUGAAGAGGCCUCUUUCCAGGCAGAAGUCGAAGGUCACUAAACUCCUCCGAAAAACGGGGGAGGAGGGGUGGCUGGCAUGCGCUGUGCAGUUGCCAUGACAACAGCAGCCGGGCCCACACCACUUCUUUGGGCUUAUUGGCUGUGACAGAAACCAAUCAUCACCCCCUCACCGGCAACACCAGCCUCCACCUGGCUGAAAGCGAAGGCCAGCCUGUCUUGAGCCAAGAUGGCUUCCACUCAGACCAACACCGCCCUUUGGACUCUGAUUGGCCUGAGCGACGACGUGGGCGUGGCUGUCCGGCUCUAGCCUCUCUGUGUGGCGGGCCAUAGCUGCUACUACAGCGGCGGUGAUGGCGGUAGCGGCGUCUGCGGUUGGGCCGGGGGCAACUGCAGUGGCGCGUGUCUCUUGCGGGAGGGACUUGAGCUGUGUCCCGGAAGUGGCUGGCACGCUUGGUGCGGUCGCCAGGCAGGGGGAUACUCUGCAGGCAGCAGUGAGCCAAGAAGAGCAACAGCUGGCUACUUCUUGCAAGAUCCUCUCCAACUAUGAGACACUGGGCCCUGAGUUUGAAGAACUAGUCAAGGAGUAUGCCCGACUGCAGGCCAUCAUUGAGAAUAGACGCUGGGUCCUAACUGAAUUCAACAAAGACUGAGAUUGCCGUGGACCUGUUUGAGUACUGAAUAGACAAAUAAAAUUUGAAGGCAAACUAGUUAA